AUGGCUUCUAGUAGUCGCUAUCCCCCAGCGCUUCCCGCCGCCGGCCGGACCAGGCGUCGUUGCUGCUGCGCUGCCAGGAGGAGGACGCUGGAGAGCCUUUGCUGCUACUGUCCAACUCGUCCUGGCCUUUCUGCUUUCGGUAUUUCCAGGCCUCUAAUUGUGCCAUUGGCCGCACAUAAUCACGGCACCCUCCAAUCUCCACCGCCGCAAUCUCCUUGCCCUGCCUAUUCGCCGCAGACCCUGCGCCGAAGACGACGACGUCGUGGUUUCGGGCUGCCAACAACGGCAUUGCUCGGCAUCGGUCCGCACCAUUCGUCGACCGGUGUUGCCAGUUGGGGUGCGAAGGCUGGGCUGAGAGUGUCUCCAAUCGAGGAGAAGAUCUUGGGUCGCCUCGCCAAGCAGACAGCACCAUUCAACGCACUCCUCUCAGCAUCGCUAUACCAGGUCUUGGGGCUUUCGAUCCUCCUCUCGAGGAAGUUGUACAGAGCGCGGAAGUUGCGGAAACUCGACAUCACACGAGAUACCAAGUCUCUGCAAUUGUACCAUCACAUCAUCUGGCUCGCGAGGGAAGGCCUGUCGAUUACGGAGGUGUACAUCCUGCCGUACUGUCAAAAUGGGGAGCGAGGGCCAGAAUGUCGGGUCAUGGCAGCAAAGCUACGAGCCUCGCUCUAUCACGUUUUCUGCCUCUUCCACAAUCACCCGCCCAUCAGCCAGCUCAGCGGUCGGUCGUACGACUCGACGAGUCCACUGUCCAGCGCGCAGUCACCGCAGGCCACACAGGGGACGAAGAGCUCGCCGAAGAGAUCACCACCAAACAGCGGUAGACACGCGAGACAGCGCUCUGGCAACACGGCCUUGCGAGAUCCUAUCCCUUCGAUGACAUCGGAGGCCUCGUACGUGACCAAUCCGUACGCAGCAGCUCAAUCACCACCUCCCCCUGGACUGGCAAUAUCAGGGGCACCAGCAGACGCCCGACGCACACCCACCAGACCUCCAGGCCUCGCUCCCAUCAACAUCUCACCAACACAAUCCGCAGCAUCAUUCCUGCUCCCACCCCUGAACUUCGUGCCCAUGGCGCGGGAACAUUUCGACGGCGCCCAGCACCUCGCCAACACCCUCCUCGCACCCACCCACGCCUUGCGCCUAUCCAUCUCCCUCGAGCACGCAGCCUUCCUCUGGGACUGCGCCAAAGAACACGACCGCGCGCGCAAACUCGCCCGCCGCACCAUCAAAGACGUCUACAGCUCCUCCGACGGCCUCGACGACGACGAGUUCGCAGACGCCUCCGCCUUGGUCCAGGCCUUGGGUGGCAUCGUGAGAAGAGGCUCCAACGAUUCCACCCCCCGUCCAAGCACCUCCACCCUUCCCCGACAACAACAACAGCAGCAACAAGCACUCACAACAACUCCGAACCAGCGCCUCCCCCGCCAAAACCCCAACCCCCCCCCCCCCAUCGACCGCACCAUAGCCCUCUCCCCCAAGAACCGCGCCCCUUCUUCCUCCCCCAACGCACCCCCAACAACUCACAACAUCCCGCGCACCAUCCCCCGCACGCCCGAACGCCUCUCCACCGUCCCCGAAGUCGAAUCCACCGAGGAAGAAGGCGCGACAGCCACAGGCACGACAAACACCCAACCGACAACGACGGGCCUCAGCCCGCCCGUCUCCCGCCUGAGCAGUCGCUCGUCCGCCACGUCCGCGGCGGCGGGGUCGGAGAAGGCCGCGAAGCGCAGGGCUGUGGAGAGGGCGGAGGAGCGGGCUGCGGCGGCGGGGGGGAGUAGUAGUCGGGUGUCGCAGCGGAGUGGACUCAGUGGAGGGGGGCGGAGUAGUCAGAGGAGUGGGGGGAGUCGAAGGGAGAGGAGGCGGGAGGCGAGUCGGAAGAUGGAGGAAGGGGAAGAAGGGGAAGAAGGGGAUGGUGGUGGUGGUGGUGAGGGGGGAUCUUCUUCGCAGCCGCAUAGUCGCCAGGCGACGCCUCCUGAAGGGUACGUUCGUCGCGAGUCGUGA